GCGGGCGCAGCGUUUUGAAGUCAUCGGAUUUAUUGGAAUUAUGGGGUCGUCACCAGAGAUGGAGAGGUUUGGUUUGUCUGAUGUGGAAUAUUCGUUCAUGAUGGAUCCUUUAAAACGACGCCACAACCAAUCAAAGAAACAAACAAUAUACGGGAUUUUCACCUCAGAUGAUUCUGAUUCAGAGCCUGAAAGAAGUGGCUUCGGUGGACGUGAAGCUGGUUUCAAGCGUAAGGGUGCCAAUUAUUCAGCACCGAUCACCUUUGUCAGUGGUGGAGUGAAGGUAGGGUAUAUUUAUGUUAAGGAAGGCUAGGUGACAAAUAAUGAGAUUCAUCGACGAGCUAACAAUUCAGUGUUCCCAAUUCUAUGCUGUGAAUAGAUUCUUAGGUGUUGCGAUAAUCUGAGAGGUUGUAAUAGUUACAUUGCCGCUUAGUUAUAAAUCACCUUUUUGCUUCUUAUUAUUUCAAGUUGUAUGAACUCACUAGGCUCCAGUAAAGAUGCCUGGGAUAGAUAUACCCAUUGUUUAGCUAAUAUUUUGGCAGUAAACCUGCACUGUCAAAAUGAUUAAGUAGUUCAGUCGUAUGGAAGAUGUGCCAAUUAUUUUUGUGCAUAAUAGCUGUCUAGAACAUGCAUUUUUUAUGUCUCAUGUUUGUUUCGUUCAUUUAUUCAACUAGUUUGCAAGUCUCGUUUGUCAUGUAAAAAUGUGUUUUCGAAGGUCCUAAGUAUUUUCUGCUAUUGUAGGCAGGUGCCGGUGCUUCGUCUGGUCCAAAAGAAAAUAACGAAGAAGUCGACCAGAUUUCGGAUGAUGAAGACGACAAAUCUGUCCUAAGGAGUUUGCGUCCUUAUCAUGAUUCAGACUCUGACUCACCAAAUUCAGAUAUUUAUCGUAAACCUGACAAGCCUGUGGGCAUAUCUGUUGGGGCCAGUCGACGUGUAGCAGCAGCCGCUGCAGCGGCGAAGUCUGCGACCUCUGGUUUCGGGGCUUGGGAAAGGCACACAAAGGGUAUUGGAAUGAAACUUUUAGAGCAGAUGGGUUACGAACCGGGCAAGGGUCUUGGUUCUGACGGUCGGGGUAUUAUUACUCCAGUUCAAGCUGUCCAACGAGUGGGGAAAGUAUCAGUAGGGUACUAUGGAUCUGAAAAAGCUCCCGCCCCUCGUCGAGGAAAUGAGACUGUCGUUGAAGGUUCAGACUCUGGUAAGUUAUUUUUGAUCUAUAAGUAACCUACAAAUACUAUCUGACUCAAAGCUGAGUACUCAAACAUUUAUUUUGUAAUGUAGUUGUAUUUGUAUGCUAUUGUUUAGAUUUGAAACUAUAUGCGUCAAAUAAGUCUAGUGAAUUAUACUUAUACUAUAUAUUUAAAUCUAAAAUUGUCUGUUUAGUAAUUAUAUUAUUGCAGGUAUAUUCUGGACACGAGUAUUGUUACCAUUAGUCAAUCAGUAACAACGUAGAACUUCGUACGUACGUAGAUCAGUUCUAGUUGCCAUAUCACACUACCACAGAAAUACAAUUAUCGGUUCAAAUCUCAUAGUGGUAGAGGUAGUGAAAGUAUAAGCAGUAAUAGGAAGAUGUUAGUCAAGGAGUAUAAUCCAGUGAAAUAAAUUUGGAAGGAGAAAAAAUAAGGGACAUGAAGAAUUCAGAAGAUUAAAAUUUGGGAGAACACAAAGGGUGGAUGCACCUGCGCCGUUGCAAACGAUUUUGAGCUAUAUCAUUCAAGGUCUCUAACCAUCGGUUGCUAUCGUCCAGCGAAUCCCAACCAGGUAGUCUACACCUACCAACAUGGCUCAGUUCACUUGUCGGUGACUUCAUGGAUUUGUGCCGUGUUUUGGUCUGGCCGCCCCUAGCUUUCUUCCAACCUACCCCUACACCAUAAAAAAUCGUACGUCGGGGCAGUCGGUGGUCGGGCAUACGUAACACAUGCCCCAGCCAUCUCAACUGAUGAAGUUUCAUUACUUCAUCAAUUGAUUUUCCAUCCUAACCUAGUACCCGUUUCCUAACAACUGCAUUACUUACUCGGUGGUCCCAGGAUAUACGAGCAAUGUUUCGAAAACACCUAUGAUCGAAUACUAGUAACCUAAAAAUAUCCCCUACUCUUACCGGCCAUGUUUCACUGCCAUAAAGUAGGACGGAACGAACAGCUGCACAGUAAACUCGUCCUUUGGUUGGUAGACGGAUAUCUCGCCUACGCCCCAAAUGACGCAAGUUAGCAAACGCUAAGUCGAGCCUUCUGUACCCGUGCUGAGAUUUCGUCACACACCAGACCACAAGGGCUGAUGAGACUCCCAACAUGAGUGAAGUGGUCGACACGCUCAACUACUUCACUCCCUAUCAUUAGUUCGGGUGUCGAUGCCACCCAAUCCUGAGGCAACAUUCUGCAUUUCGAGGGAGAGAAUCGCAUCCCGAACAUGUUUGCGUUGUUGCUUGUUGAAUUUUUUCACAUGAUUUGUAGUUAACUGAUUCGUUUUAUCCUAUUUUACAAAAAUCAACAUCCAAAUUUGAUUGGUUUAACACAGUAUAGUUUUGAUUGUCAAAUAGCUACAUAUUUCUUUGAUAAUUUUGAUUUUGAUUAUUACCCUGAAGAAAUCCAGACAAGUUAGUUGGACUGCUGAGAUUAUUUCAAAUAUAAUUUUCACAUAUAAUGACUUCUCUAUACUCGGCGCCCAAUUUCUGUCAAACUAUUCGUUCUAAUCUUGACGAAUAUUCGUAUGAAUGAUUUAUACAUAGUCUGUGGAUGCGGUGUUUCCUAAUCCCGUUCUUGCUCGUUAUUGUUUAUGCAUACUAUUUCCCUCUAAAUUACGUGAAUUUGUUACCAAAGUACUAUAGUUGUGAUAGUCAUGAUAAAAUGGUUUAUAUUGGAUUUUAAAUUAGAACUUACUACUUAGGUACUGAUUAUGGGCUUAUUCACCAUGAUAGCUAAGGAUACUACCCUGUUGCCAAAACUAACGUAGGUGGAGCGGGCUUCAGACUUAGGACUUAGUGCUUGAAGACCAAACACGACCACUAGGCCACCACUCUAUAGGUUUAUAUUACAACAGGCAGAUGUCAGAGGUCACUGCGUGGUGACCUGCAUUUUUAUCCUCAGUUUAUCGUGUUAUUUGAUGAAAAGUACUUUCUUGAUUGAAUAUUUUGUGUAUUCAUUGUGAUUUUAAUUUACUAGUAUAUUCAGUUGUACACCCACUGUUCUUCCGACGACUAUGUAAGUAUGGUUCAGAUGAUUGUUUCGUGAGCUAAUUGUUUUAGGCACUGGAUAUUGUAGUUAAAGUAUCAGUCUUGGUUUUAGCUGUUUAUCUCUGCUACUAUUAGACCAGAUAACAUUCAAAAUACAUGUUAUUUCGAUUAUCUGAAAAACUAGGUAGGUUUUAUGAGGAGCAUCUUUGUAUUUCUUCUGUGUUCUGCAACUGACUGCUAAAUGAAGAUAACAACAAUGAAGCGUAUCCCAUCACCGAAAUACUUGUUAUCAUGUCAGUGUUCAGCUGAACGGUCGAAGCUCUUUUUAAUUAGGUCAAAACAGUUGGUUGCUACCACUACCCCCGACUCUGUAGCUGAUAAUCUAUGGUUGAUUACUGGAUUGUAGUGAAAGAAUUUGGAGUUUGUCCCUUACCUAUUUUAUUCUUGUCCCAAUCUCUAACCACUAGUGUAUGGUUGUAUAUGCUAAACUAGCUGGAACCACAUUCGGACUGUUCUACGUUAUUCAUCUUAAAACCGUCUCACUAAAUGUAAGGGGAAUAACGUUCAGUUUCCAACAUAGCUUCGCGUUUUUGAUUUUCAUGAAUACCAAUUAGUAAAGUAAAUCGAAUGAGGAACGAUGCAAUAUGGUUAAGUAAUAACUGUUCAGGAGGUUGUUUACUGACUCGUUACGUUUAUUAAAUCUCCUAAUAAACGGUAAAUAGAAUGCUUGACAAUUGAUCUCGCAAUUAAAGUUGCGUUAACUUUCCGAUAAGAAAACAUUACCUUAUAUACAAAGGUAUAAAACGAAAUAAAAAUGAUCAUACAUUGCGUACAGCAUAGGCUGUUAAACUACGAUGAUACUGUAAAUUCAACAAACAUCCACUGAAUUUAAGAUUUCGGGUAUCAGUCGUAUUUCUGUUCUUCACGCUAUUUAACUCAAUAGACCUUAGAAGGCUGUGCGUGUCCAUUGUUAGUUAUCACGUUUACUCAUCAGAUGUCUACUAGACAUACUCCACGAAGGUUAUAGUGAUUCAUUGUGAUUUUUGGCGGCGUUGUUGAUGACAAAAACCAGGACUGAAGGUAUUCAACUUUAUUUCUGCCACACCUCAACACAGUAUGACGUCAUCAUUCUCGUAUGUAUAAAGCACUUUGCACACAACAAAAGAAUCAACGUAGGCUUUCAUAAUAUUAUUUGAUUAACAAAUGGUUUUCCUGUAAAUGACAUCAAGGAAUAAGGCUUUGCUAUACUAUAAAACUGGUUUGGAAAUACAUUAAUGCGUACGUAAUUUUUCCCUGUAUUUCACGUAGUCGGGCCACGUUACAAGAAGAGGCCUGGGUUACAACGGAGUCAAGCAUCAAAGCCUAUACUGGAGUAUAAAACUACUGAGGAAUUAGUCGCCGAUCUUUGUCCUGCAACCCCUGCUACAGCUGUUAGGCGACAUGGGAUUUUCUUGGAGAACAGUGAAUUGUCCAAAGUAAAGGUUAUCGAUAUGACAAGUAAAGAGCAAAAGGUGUACUCUGGUUAUGAAGCUGCUUUAUCUCGUGUUGUGCAAAGGCGCCGAAAACCGGGAGAUAAUUCUACUCUCUCAGAUGAAGAAAAUCCAGAUGUUGAUGGUAAACGAAUCGAAAAAAGGUUGGAAGGGAAUUUCUUUGAUUGUCCCGCUCUGCGACACAAUUUCGCCCUGAUAAUGCGGUCCGCUGAAGAUGAAAUUAGGAGGUUUGAUCGGGCUGCUAGAUUCGAGGAAGAUCGCGCAGUUGGUUUAGAACAUGAAAUCGAAAAAUUAACUGAGGUCUGUUUAGCUUUCCUUUUUCUCAAAUUAAUUAGCAAAAGGUAUGACAUUUUCAUGCUUUGUAAUAUCGCCAUUUUAUUUCGAUGAGAAUGUUCUUGGUUAAGUUGCGGAAGUCGAGUACACAGUGGAACAUUUUACUACUAACUAAAAUCAUUUAGGACAUAUUUCACUUCAUUAAGUCAGCUAAUCAAUCAACGUAGAGACUGAAACAAGGGUAUGUGAUCCCAAUUUGCUAUGUAAUUUCAAUACUAUAAGACGAGAUUGACAAAAUUAAUAGCAAGAUGGUUGUGCCAAUGAUAGCAUCAAUUACAAUAGAAAUGAUUAAACCAUGAGAAUAUGGUUUGAAAAGCUUAGAAUCUAGGGGAAGACGAGAAAUCGAUGCAUCUGCGUCUCUAUGAUCGGACAAUACGGCAUACACCGAAUGCAAAUGACUUUAUGGACUGAUAUGACGUUUUGGUUUGAUCAUCUUCAGCUAUCUUCCAUCUGCCUGCUUUACCGGUCAGGAUUACACAUCAAGUAGGCUGUGGUUGGGUCCGCGCGACACAUUGUACGUCCCAUCUUAGUUAAAAAUUUACAACCUCAUCAACUGAUUUGCUAUCUGUGUUUAGUACAACAUCAUCAUUAUUCACUAUGUCGUCCUAAAAUACUUCAGUAACUCUCCGAAGAAACUUACGAUCAGAAACUUUAAGCCUGCGCAUGUCUUCUACUUUCAUACCCUGUAUCUCACAGCCGUAGACUAAUACGGAACCACAAUUGAUUGAUCACUGGGUGGUGAUCAAUGUCAUGCUUGUCUAGUCCUUAUUAGUGCAGAUCGAAUGCUAUCGAUCAUGUUGCAAUGUGGCCACCAGUCUAGGUGACUCGACACUGCGGGCACUAUGUAUUGAGAUUUAGAUGGUGGUUGGAGGUAGUCAACAGGAAACCCUGGACCCGAUCAAUCAAUUGUGAUUACAUCUCAGUACUACAGGAGGUUAGUCACGGCUCGGAUAGCUCAGUGGUAACGUCUCUGACUGUGAAGCUGGGUGACACGAGAUCGAAUCCGCCAUGGAGCACCAGUUCCCUCAAGAUUACAGGUACACCUUGCUGACGAGUGCCAAGUAGCACGAAACCCGGGUCCAGGAUUUCCUGUUGACUACCUCCAACCACCAUCUAAAUACUAAUACGGAACGGACUACUAUGCAGUAUAUUCUCCUUUUGUGUGGUAGACAGACAUCUCGUCUACGCAAGUUUCUUAGUCUAACGAAGCCAAGCGAACUUUCUGAAUUCGUGCGAAAAUUUCACCAGACACUGGGUCACCAGGACUCAUAAGAUUUCUAAGAGAACUGGAGUGGUCGACGUACUAAAUGUCACUCUUUAUGUAGGAGUGAUGAUUACUACUGGAAAAAUUAUUCUUACUUCAACUCGCAUUCAGAAAAAUGGUACUCACAAUCAUUUGUUUUUAUUUCUUUUAUACUACGUCACUUAUUCAUUCCCCUUUAUUCUCAUUUUGCGUAUUUUCCAACUUAUACAGCAGCUCGCCUGUGGUGAAAACCCCGUGCUACCUAAAGUAUAUCGAGUCACUGAGUGGUCGGAAUUUGAAUGCUACCACCGAUUACAAUUACUGAAAGUCUUCCUGAACCCAUGUUUACCAUUCGAACUGGCGUCCAACGUUCGCACUCUAAUGCAGAUUGGACAACAGAUAUGGUUGACUAUGUCUUUAGAAAGUUUUAAUCUCGAUGUCUAUUGUCUGUCCGUUACCCAUAUUAGAGAAUCUAGUAAAGUACUACAAAUUCGCUUUCCCUCUGUCGCUUCGAAAACUUUGUUUCACGUACGUUUAUCCGGAGACCCUAUGGCAUCUUCGUCUGGUUGUGCUGGCUUUAAUGUCGCACCAAACGCUAGAGCUGAGGCAGCACCGAUCGAUUGGAUCCCAAUUAACAGUCGGUUACAUGUUGUUAAAUUAGAAAGUUCCAUCAAAGUGUAAGGAAAUCGAUGUGAGAAAAGGCGUCUUUUCGUCAUCUCUGCCUAUGCUCCGACAGAUUGCAGGCCAGAUGCUACCAAGAAUGAGAUUUAGCAACAGGUAACAGGUCUUAUACAUAAAGUGCGUUCGAUAGAUAUUGUAGUAAUAGCCGGAGAUUUAAAUACUCAAGUUGGGCAGUUUAGGCACACAAGAGAGACGUUUAGGUGGCCAGUAGGGACUUGUUGGUCGCAGGUCAGAGAACAGGUGUAUAUAUAUAUAUAUAUAUAUAUAUAUAUAUAUAUAUAUAUAUCCCAAAUAGUACCUACCUGUUCUCCAAGAAAAUCCCAUGUCGCCUAACAGCUGUAGCAGGGGUUGCAGGACAAAGAUCGGCGACUAAUUCCUCAGUAGUUUUAUACUCCAGUAUAGGCUUUGAUGCUUGACUCCGUUGUAACCCAGGCCUCUUCUUGUAACGUGGCCCGACUACGUGAAAUACAGGGAAAAAUUACGUACGCAUUAAUGUAUUUCCAAACCAGUUUUAUAGUAUAGCAAAGCCUUAUUCCUUGAUGUCAUUUACAGGAAAACCAUUUGUUAAUCAAAUAAUAUUAUGAAAGCCUACGUUGAUUCUUUUGUUGUGUGCAAAGUGCUUUAUACAUACGAGAAUGAUGACGUCAUACUGUGUUGAGGUGUGGCAGAAAUAAAGUUGAAUACCUUCAGUCCUGGUUUUUGUCAUCAACAACGCCGCCAAAAAUCACAAUGAAUCACUAUAACCUUCGUGGAGUAUGUCUAGUAGACAUCUGAUGAGUAAACGUGAUAACUAACAAUGGACACGCACAGCCUUCUAAGGUCUAUUGAGUUAAAUAGCGUGAAGAACAGAAAUACGACUGAUACCCGAAAUCUUAAAUUCAGUGGAUGUUUGUUGAAUUUACAGUAUCAUCGUAGUUUAACAGCCUAUGCUGUACGCAAUGUAUGAUCAUUUUUAUUUCGUUUUAUACCUUUGUAUAUAAGGUAAUGUUUUCUUAUCGGAAAGUUAACGCAACUUUAAUUGCGAGAUCAAUUGUCAAGCAUUCUAUUUACCGUUUAUUAGGAGAUUUAAUAAACGUAACGAGUCAGUAAACAACCUCCUGAACAGUUAUUACUUAACCAUAUUGCAUCGUUCCUCAUUCGAUUUACUUUACUAAUUGGUAUUCAUGAAAAUCAAAAACGCGAAGCUAUGUUGGAAACUGAACGUUAUUCCCCUUACAUUUAGUGAGACGGUUUUAAGAUGAAUAACGUAGAACAGUCCGAAUGUGGUUCCAGCUAGUUUAGCAUAUACAACCAUACACUAGUGGUUAGAGAUUGGGACAAGAAUAAAAUAGGUAAGGGACAAACUCCAAAUUCUUUCACUACAAUCCAGUAAUCAACCAUAGAUUAUCAGCUACAGAGUCGGGGGUAGUGGUAGCAACCAACUGUUUUGACCUAAUUAAAAGAGCUUCGACCGUUCAGCUGAACACUGACAUGAUAACAAGUAUUUCGGUGAUGGGAUACGCUUCAUUGUUGUUAUCUUCAUUUAGCAGUCAGUUGCAGAACACAGAAGAAAUACAAAGAUGCUCCUCAUAAAACCUACCUAGUUUUUCAGAUAAUCGAAAUAACAUGUAUUUUGAAUGUUAUCUGGUCUAAUAGUAGCAGAGAUAAACAGCUAAAACCAAGACUGAUACUUUAACUACAAUAUCCAGUGCCUAAAACAAUUAGCUCACGAAACAAUCAUCUGAACCAUACUUACAUAGUCGUCGGAAGAACAGUGGGUGUACAACUGAAUAUACUAGUAAAUUAAAAUCACAAUGAAUACACAAAAUAUUCAAUCAAGAAAGUACUUUUCAUCAAAUAACACGAUAAACUGAGGAUAAAAAUGCAGGUCACCACGCAAUGACCUCUGACAUCUGCCUGUUGUAAUAUAAACCUAUAGAGUGGUGGCCUAGUGGUCGUGUUUGGUCUUCAAGCACUAAGUCCUAAGUCUGAAGCCCGCUCCACCUACGUUAGUUUUGGCAACAGGGUAGUAUCCUUUAGCUAUCAUGGUGAAUAAGCCCAUAAUCAGUACCUAAGUAGUAAGUUCUAAUUUAAAAUCCAAUAUAAACCAUUUUAUCAUGACUAUCACAACUAUAGUACUUUGGUAACAAAUUCACGUAAUUUAGAGGGGAAAUAGUAUGCAUAAACAAUAACGAGCAAGAACGGGAUUAGGAAACACCGCAUCCACAGACUAUGUAUAAAUCAUUCAUACGAAUAUUCGUCAAGAUUAGAACGAAUAGUUUGACAGAAAUUGGGCGCCGAGUAUAGAGAAGUCAUUAUAUGUGAAAAUUAUAUUUGAAAUAAUCUCAGCAGUCCAACUAACUUGUCUGGAUUUCUUCAGGGUAAUAAUCAAAAUCAAAAUUAUCAAAGAAAUAUGUAGCUAUUUGACAAUCAAAACUAUACUGUGUUAAACCAAUCAAAUUUGGAUGUUGAUUUUUGUAAAAUAGGAUAAAACGAAUCAGUUAACUACAAAUCAUGUGAAAAAUUCAACAAGCAACAACGCAAACAUGUUCGGGAUGCGAUUCUCUCCCUCGAAAUGCAGAAUGUUGCCUCAGGAUUGGGUGGCAUCGACACCCGAACUAAUGAUAGGGAGUGAAGUAGUUGAGCGUGUCGACCACUUCACUCAUGUUGGGAGUCUCAUCAGCCCUUGUGGUCUGGUGUGUGACGAAAUCUCAGCACGGGUACAGAAGGCUCGACUUAGCGUUUGCUAACUUGCGUCAUUUGGGGCGUAGGCGAGAUAUCCGUCUACCAACCAAAGGACGAGUUUACUGUGCAGCUGUUCGUUCCGUCCUACUUUAUGGCAGUGAAACAUGGCCGGUAAGAGUAGGGGAUAUUUUUAGGUUACUAGUAUUCGAUCAUAGGUGUUUUCGAAACAUUGCUCGUAUAUCCUGGGACCACCGAGUAAGUAAUGCAGUUGUUAGGAAACGGGUACUAGGUUAGGAUGGAAAAUCAAUUGAUGAAGUAAUGAAACUUCAUCAGUUGAGAUGGCUGGGGCAUGUGUUACGUAUGCCCGACCACCGACUGCCCCGACGUACGAUUUUUUAUGGUGUAGGGGUAGGUUGGAAGAAAGCUAGGGGCGGCCAGACCAAAACACGGCACAAAUCCAUGAAGUCACCGACAAGUGAACUGAGCCAUGUUGGUAGGUGUAGACUACCUGGUUGGGAUUCGCUGGACGAUAGCAACCGAUGGUUAGAGACCUUGAAUGAUAUAGCUCAAAAUCGUUUGCAACGGCGCAGGUGCAUCCACCCUUUGUGUUCUCCCAAAUUUUAAUCUUCUGAAUUCUUCAUGUCCCUUAUUUUUUCUCCUUCCAAAUUUAUUUCACUGGAUUAUACUCCUUGACUAACAUCUUCCUAUUACUGCUUAUACUUUCACUACCUCUACCACUAUGAGAUUUGAACCGAUAAUUGUAUUUCUGUGGUAGUGUGAUAUGGCAACUAGAACUGAUCUACGUACGUACGAAGUUCUACGUUAUUACUGAUUAACUGAGUUUCAAGGCUAGCUACCAUCCCACCGAAACGUAUAAAUGAGUACUGGUUGCAAUUUCAUGACGCCAUGGAAAAGACGAGUAAAGUCGCUUGCGGCUUUUCGAGUCGUCCCGCUUAUAAGCACAGAGUUUUUUCAGGCUUUUCACAACUGAUUGAAGCCCGUCAGCCUACAUAGAGUGACCACGAGUUUGACUAUAAACGGGGACUGUUACGUAAUGAAAUUGUGGAAGCUUGCGUUAGGUCCGAGAAACCUGUUGGUCGGAGCGUGUCGAUUAUUUGGAGAUGACAGCUUAAAAGGACCUAUAUACAAGCACCUCAGGCAAAGUGAGGACAUACAACCACCUCUCUCCAUUGUUCCAUUCAAGCACUGAGGUUAGGUAUGGUUGCUCAAUCUUACCGUUUCUCUUCAACUUUGCUAUCGAUGAUGGUGUGUGAGAUUAUAGCACAUUCAAAUUUUGUCUGAAAUCUUAUAAUUUUUUUGGAUAGUCCGGACCACAUCUGACAAAAUACUAAUUUAGUUAUGUUGUCGAUAUUUUCUAUUAUGAAUUUCGUUCUUUUCAUCACCUUUCAGAUAGUUGACGGAGAAGAAUCUGAAGUGAAUCACCUCAAGAAAGCUUUAUUUUUAAUAAAGAAGUUUGAAGAUGAAGUUACGUUUCAUUCAGGCUGUGAUACGAACUUAACAUCUGAAGCUAUUUCAUCUUGGGUAUCACUUAUACGCGAGGAAUGUGCUAACCUAGUAGAAAUGCCUGUUCUCAUAGCAUCGAUCGCUCGCCCAAUGUUGGAUAAUUCACUUGCUAGAUGGGAUCCUCUAAAGUUUUUGUUCGUGCGUUGAAUGAGUAUAACGGUCGUCUUGUGGGUCCUUAUUACUAAUUCUUUUAACAUACCCAAAUUAGGAACCUACAUUUUGUCUCGAUUUGUUGGGACAUUGGAGGGAUUUCUUUCAAAAUUCUUGCGCAUUUGAUGUUAUACUUGAAACAAGCUGGUUGAGCGCCAUACGCCGCACUAUCGUUAACGAAUGGAAUCCUCGAGACUGCGAACCUCUCCUGGAGGUUCUCGAAGCCUGGCAACCUUUGUUACCGGAUGAUAUGUUGCAGCGCAAAAUACUCGACCAACUGAUUCUUCCAAAAUUACAGGUUCGUUGAAUUUAGAUUUCGAUAACUUCCUCUGCCAUUGUUCGUUGAUAUUGCACAUUUACUACAAUUGUCAUAAGUAUUUAAUACUUGCUGUUUAGUUUUAAUUAGUUAUUUUACCUUAUUUUCAGUGAACUGCUUAUCCGUAGCCUAAAAUAAAGGGUAUCCAAAGGCCACUUUCAGUUUGCGGUUAUUUGUAUAUUGUUGUGUUUUAUAUUUAAUCAGUCGUGAGCAUAUGCGCAGUGGAUCCAAGUUAUCACACUAUACAUUUAUGACAUGUAUUGAUUCCAUAAAGUAAAACUUCAUUUAAAUAGAGAGAUUUUAAAGAAUCAGUCUGUCUUAGUCUUAAUUUUACUUUUGUCUAAAAACGAUCCUUUCCAUCUCAGUUUUACUACUUGAUAUAGUUACAUAGUUUACCUACUCAACUUCGAAAUUCCUGGGUAAUUCACAUUAGAACGUUAUAAAAGGAGUAGACUUUAACAAAACAAACCCAGGUAUCAUAGAACUUCAAGACUCAAUAUUUUGUAAAAAAUGUAUUCAGUACUCCUGGUGUUUCUGUCAACCAAGAUCUGUAGUUGUUGGUUUUUACAUUUUUCUCCGGAAAACUACAGGUAUGCAUACAAAUUUAUUCAGCAGAUACCAAUCUCACAAUCAUCUUCGUUAACUUGGUUCGAAGUUUUCUUGACUAAUUUAAUUCCGUUAACGCUAAACUUCAUAUAUUAGUGCAUGUUUGAUUCACAGCUAAGGUAAAUGUUAAGUGUACUUUUGUAUUGUAUGUGAUAUUUAUUAAACCGCUUGACUUGUAAAUAGUGUCUUAUUUUUUUAAGAUAAAGUAGUGACACAAUAUCACUUACUAACUUCUCGAAUGAUUCUGUAAUUCCUUCUUACUAUGUUGUUUCUAAACACGUCCAACUUUUAGGAUGCUGUUUCCUCAUGGAAUCCGUUAACUGAUACAGUACCUGUUCACACUUGGUUGCAUCCCUGGCUACCUUGGUUUGGAGGAGUUGAACGUCUCGCGUGUUUGCAUGAUAUGGUUCUCCAGAAGUUAGGAAGUUGCCUUACCAACUGGCAUCCUAGUGAUGCAUCUGCCCGCUCAGUCCUAAUGCCUUGGCGAACCAUUUUCCCGGUCACGUCCAUGGCAGCUUUCUUAAGUCGCCAUGUGGUGCCGAAACUUGCUUUAGCGUUGCAACAGUUUCAGGUUAGUUUUUACUCGUUUAUUUACAAUAGUUUGGCCUUAACAGGCUUUUUAAUUUGAUCGCUAAAUAUCACCUGUUAACUGGUCAAUGCAUUCACAAUCUUUUUCUUAGUUGGCUCCUAAUAAACCCAGUGCGGUGGUAUACUUCUCAUUUCAUUGUAAGUAAUAGGUUGACUACUCUCUUUAUAAUUCCUUUGUGGUGCAAGUAAUCUAUUAUCAGCUUUUAAAAUAAGUGUUGUCCUUUAGUUUAAUGUCUUAAGUAUUUAUUAUUGUUUUUUAUAACAGUAUAUUUUAGUUUACAUAAACCUUCAUCAAAAUCUAAACGAGCGCUUACACUCAAAUUAUGAUCGCCAAAUAUGUGAUAUUCGGAAUAACAUCAUUUAUGAAGAUCUGAAUAAAAAACGAACUUUGUCUACUGGGAAUUUCUUGGUUGUAUUCCUAACUGAAUUAUAUUUCUUAUUAUGUUCUUGUUCACUUUCCUAUAUGAACUUUAUCCCUUAUUUAUGUGGCGCAUGAAUUUCUGGUGCUUGAAUAUGCCAUAUUUUGUGUACCAAAUAUGACAUAAAUUUCUCUGAAGAUUACUGAUAAAAUAUUUGUGACUGUUUAACUUCAAUUGCUGAGGUUUCUGCAUACAUAACUCCAUUUUACGUAUUAAUUAUCGUUAGGAACUAAACACAUGCAUCGUUUGACAUCCGUUCUUAGUAUGUGAUUGAAACAUACCAAAAGGAAAUCCUAUGAUAAUCAGAUGUCGUCUACUUGGACACGAUAAAAAUAUCUCGGACACGCAGUAAUAUGAAUAAAUUACCAACACUGCGUGUAUGCUAAGCUACAAACAGUAGGUAUAAGAAAAUCCUGCUCAGUCUGGCAAGUGUAUACAAGCCUAGUACAUUUUAUGUUAUGAUAGAAUGUAGUCCUACACAUAAUUUCGAAAAUACUGACAACAAAACAGUUGAUUGGAAGCUAAAACUUCCAAAUGGACUGACAAUACCUUUUUUACUGAUAUUUUAAUUAUUACUGUUGUUGCACCUCUCAACUAAAUCCUAGGGGGUUUCCACAUAAUAUACAGUUUAGGGACUCAUAUGUUAGGUAUUUAUUUAUGAUCAUACCUCUGAUGUCGAGUUUCUAUGCAAUAUUUUUUUCGAAAAAAUUCUAAUAUUUAGCUUAAUCCCGCUAAGCAAAACAUGGAUCCGUGGAAUUGGGUGAUGCGUUGGGCAGACUUGAUUGGUCCGGCUGUACUUGUAAACCUACUUGAACAUCAUUUCUGGUCACGUUGGCUGUCAGUCCUUUCAAGUUGGCUGAAUCAGGGAGUAGAAGCUAGGCAACGUGGAGACCACACUGCUGCCGGUCAAGUUUAUCAAGAAGUUGGCCGUUGGUAUGCUGGUUGGAAAGGUCAGUUACCUCCUGAGUGUAUGGAAUAUGCAAGUGUCAAAGAUGCUUUGACAAAAGCUUUGGCAAUGAUGGAACGUUCAAUGAGAGGGUUACCGCCUCAAGAACCUCAGGUCUCAAAGCAAGGUC